AUGGUCAGCGGUAGUACCAAAAGCGGAUACGAUACUUACACUGCGUGGCUACCGGCACGUGCCCCGGAGGCCCGAGUGGAAGACAAUGACCCCGAGCGGGUUAUACUCCUCACGGGGACCACGGGGAACCUGAGUGCGCAUGUGCUUGCAUUGUUGCUAAAAGACGAGCGGACGAAGCGCGUGUAUAGCGCUGCAUUCGACGCUGCGGCGCUGCCGGUGGGAUUACUGGACAGCUCGAAGUUGUUGUUGCUGUCCGCAAAUCUGACACGGGACAACCUAGGUCUACCGCAGGAUAUCCUUGACGACAUUCGCAGCACGGUUACCCAUGUCAUGCAUGCAUCCUGGCGGGUAGACUUCGACCUCGCGCUGUCGUCAUUCGAGAGCCUGAUAGCCGGUGCUGUUCAUCUCUUCACUAUGGCGCCUGCAGCACACUAUCUCUUCAUGUCGUCCAUCUCUGUCGCUGUUGGCUGGAACGUCAAAGGACGUCAACGCUAUACACAAGUGCCGGAGGUAGCUCUGCAUGAAAUCGGUAUCGCAGCACGUCUGACUACGGAAUGUCCAAAUACGUCGUGGAAGAGGUCGGCUAUGAUUAAGGAGUCUUUCUGCGACUCGACUAAGUUCAUGCCAGGUCCUAUCAAACGCACAUCAGAAAGGAUUCAAGACGAAAUCGUACACCCACAUCCCGUCAAAUGGAUUGUCGUGUUCGAGGCUAUCCAGGACGAGUUCGGCGUAGCACUUCCGUUUAUACCAUUCCAUGACUGGGUGAACAAACUAGAAGCUGUCCCAGACAAGACUACCCCAUCGGACCUGGGAAGGAUUCCUGGCCUCAAGUUGCUAGAAAUUUUCCGCGCGUUAGGCACAGCGGAGAUGGAGGCGCGGCCAGCGGGCAGGAAGGAAUCCGAGUCGGGUGGUCUUCCGUCAUUCGAGACGAGCAAGGCGUGCAGCGUCAGCCAAACUCUCGCUACGAUUCAUCCGCUCGAUGAAUAUGAUGGCAGAACAUAAGUGAGAUAUUGGAAGAAAGUCGGGUUCUUGCAGUGACAAGGCGGCAGUAUUCGGUACGUCUCUUCGUCUACCAGCAACCAGUAUACGU